AUGGCCUCCACUACCGUCCAAGAGCCGGCCACCCAACAGGCCAAGGACUUCCUGCACCAUCCCUACACUCGGACCGCCCUCCCCUUUGUCAACGGUGGUCUGGCUGGCAUGACCGCAACGGUCGUCAUCCAGCCCAUCGACAUGAUCAAGGUCCGUCUGCAACUGGCCGGCGAGGGUGUCCGGAGCGGUCCGCGCCCUUCGGCGUUUGGCGUUGCGCGCGAGAUCAUCGCCUCGGGCAAAGCCCUGGAUCUCUACACCGGUCUGUCGGCCGGAUUGCUACGUCAGGCCGUCUACACCACUGCCCGGUUGGGGUUCUUUGAUACCUUUAGCAAAACUCUCAACAAGCGUGCUGAGAGUGCUGGCCGAAAGGUCACGUUUGCCGAGCGCGCCGGCGCCGGUUUGACGGCCGGUGGUAUUGCCGCCAUGAUUGGAAACCCCGCGGAUCUGGCGCUAGUUCGCAUGCAGGCCGACGGUCUCAAGGCCCCUGGGGCGCGUGCCAACUAUCGCUCCGUGGUCGACGCGCUCUUCCGCAUCUCCAAGCACGAAGGUGUCACCGCGCUGUGGGCCGGUGCCUUUCCGACCGUGGUGCGCGCCAUGGCUCUCAACUUGGGCCAACUGGCUUUCUUCGCUGAAUCCAAGGCGCAGCUGAAGGCCCGCACGCAACUGUCCGCCCAGAACCAGACCUUUGCCGCAUCGGCCAUCGCCGGAUUUUUCGCCAGUUUCCUCUCCUUGCCCUUCGACUUCAUCAAGACUCGUCUGCAGAAGCAGCAGAAAGACCCCAAGACAGGUCAACUGCCCUACAAGGGUCUGUUUGAUUGCGCUCGCAAGGUGGUUCGGGAUGAGGGUUGGUUGAGGUUCUAUCGUGGAUUCGGCACGUACUAUGUGCGGAUCGCGCCACAUGCGAUGGUCACCCUGAUUGUGGCUGAUUAUCUUAACCUCAUCACCAAGUAA